AUGGACUCCGUACUAGAAGAAAUUAACAGGAUUUAUUAUGAUCCAUCUAAUCCCGCUGGUUUUGGUAGUAUUGAUAAAUUAUCAAAAGCCAUAAAGGGUAAAAUGAAUAAAAAGCAAGUAAAGGAAUGGUUAAAAUCACAAGAAACAUACACAUUACAUAAACCCAUUCGAAAAAAAUUCCCGCGUAAUAGGUACAUUCUAUCAAAUAUUAAUGAACUGUGGCAAGCUGAUUUAAGUGAUAUGCGAACUUAUUCUCAAUAUAAUGAUGGUUUCAAGUAUAUACUUUGUAUUAUUGAUGUAUUUAGUAAAUAUGCUUUUGCAAGACCAAUGAAGAAGAAAAACUCAGAAACAACUAAAGAAUGUUUUGAAAGUAUAUUUACUGAAAGUAAUUUAACACCUACUCACAUACAAUCCGAUAAAGGUACAGAAUUUGUUUCAAAAGAUGUACAAAAAUACUUUAAAUCCAAAAAGAUUAAUUACUAUACCACUAACAAUCCUGACAUUAAGGCCAGUAUUGUUGAACGAUUUCAAAGAACACUAAAAAUGAAAAUCAAUAGUUCAAUGGAAUACUUUCCUGAUAACAAGACCACAAAUUUUUCAACGAAAUUACCAAAAGCUAUAAAAUUAGAAGGUGAAUGGUCGGUUGGAGUUGUCGAGUUUCAAUAUCCAUGUACCAUGUUUACUGUUCAAGACCAUGAAAAUGUUAUAUACAUUACAAAAUCUAUGUUAAUGCCUAAUGAAGAUAAACCAUCCACAGUGUACUACAAAAAACAUAUUCCAGCUACCAACUAUGAUAACGUUGAGCAUAUUUUAAGAGUGUUAAAUGGUAUCGGAGAGAACUUGAAAUUUCGCUAUGAUGAAAUAACAAAAUUUGUGUCUAUUUCGGUAUUGGAUAAAAAUAUAACAUCCGUAACAUUAUCACCCAAAUUAAGUUUACAGCUAGGUUAUGAACCAAAUAAAAAUCUCCUAGAGAGAAAUUUUGGAAAGUGUCCUGCUAAUUUACACUUAGGGUUACCAUCUCAACUAUUUCUAUAUUGCGACAUUAUCGAUCCUCAGAUUGUGGGUGAUGUUAUGACUCCUUUAUUAAGAGUCAUUUCAUUAGAUCCUACAAAAUACAUUUAUGGUGCAAAUAAAAUGCACGUUUUCUCUCAACAUCACUACUUACCUGUUAUGCGAAGAGAGUUCGAUACGUUGGAAAUAGUUAUAAGAUCGAGUACAGGACAAAAAAUACCAUUCCAGUUUGGAACCGUGUGUAUUAAACUACAUUUCCGAAAAUUAUAA